CCUAAUUAAUCUGGAAGAAUGGGGCUGCAGCAAUCGAAAGACGAAUUGCUUUAUGAGAAAGUAAAUUCUGGUAGCGUCGAAGAAAUUAAAUCUCUCCGCCGUGAUGGUGCCGGCCUGGAGUGGAUUGACAAAGAAGGGAAGACUCCAUUAAUCGUAGCUUGUAUGAAUCCACAGCUUUAUAAUGUUGCUAAUACAUUGAUAGAGUUGGGUGCCAAUGUCAAUGCUUAUCGUCCAGGUCGACAAGCUGGAACUCCGCUACAUCAUGCUGCAAAACGAGGCCUCGAGCAGACUCUCAAGUUGCUUCUUUCACAUGGAGCAAAUGCGAUGGUAAUGAACGAUGAUUGUCAAACCCCACUUGAUGUUGCUAGAUCAAAAGGAUACACUAAUAUUGUCCGAGCAAUCGAGGGGCAUCUCUGCUUAUUCUCCGGUUGGCUGCGAGAACUUCACGGACCGACCUUUCUCGAACUUCUUGCCGAAGGUUUUUACAACUGUCCGGAAUUUUAUGGCAAAUUGGUCGGGGACUCGAGUUAG